AUGUGCAUCGAAACACGGUAUAGAUAUCUUGGCUGUGGUCAUGGAUAUUCAAGGGGGGAUUUGGGGUUGAGAUUGAGAUCAAGUCCGAGAUUAGGUUUUGGUGGUGGUGGGACAAGUGGGAUUAUUUUUUGUAAGAGGGGUUUGAAUGGAAAGCUGAAUGGAAAGAGGGUGUUGGAUAUGGGGUAUGUUGGGAGAGAGGAGGAUGUGCAAGGGGAGGGUGAUGUGGUGGGGGAUGUAGAGGAGGGUGUGGUGGAGGAUGUGGUAGGAGAAAGAAGGGAAUGGGAAUGGAAAUGGGAGGAAUUACAGAUGAUACAGAUGAUACAGAGGGUAUGGUGGAUAGGGUGUGCGAGGAAGAAGGGGAGGGUUAGAUAUUGGGGAGGUGUUUGUGGGGUGUGUGAGGGAGUGGAUGUGGAUGUGGGUAUGGCGAGGAAAGAGACAGGUGGAAAAUUAUGCGGUUUGGAAGGGAGGAUGAGGAAUCGUGGUGUGAUGUGGAGGGGGAAUAGAGGUGGGAGGAAUCGUGGUGGGGGUAUGGGGAGGAGUGCAAGGUUUAAAGGGAAACGAGGGAAUGGAACUGAGAAUGUGAAUUAUAGAGUAGAGAAGGAAUGGAGGGGUAGAUAUUGGGAGAAAUGGUGGAUGAUACCUACAUACAGUGGCGGGGUCUAA